AAUUCAAUAUGAUACAUUCAAAGAUGCUUGCACUAAAUUAGGUUUACUACAAGGUGAUGAUGAAUGGGAUUUCUGUUUAUCAGAGGCAUUACAGAUUCAAUCUAAUACUAACAUUUCCAAUCAAGCUUUAUUGCAUUUACAAUCUAUUUUAAAUAAACAUGGAAAAUCUCUUUCCGAUUUUCCUAACAUGCCCUUACCAACUAUCCCUCCAACUUCUGACAUUCUUAAUCAUCUAAUUGCAGAAGAACUUAAUUAUAAUAUCGAAGAACUUACACAAAUAAUAGAACAUGGA